AUGAUCAGCAAACGGCUGACCGCAAUCAUUCGCCCCGCUUCGGCCGGCAUAAAUACCCGUGGCUUGCCAACUAUCAACGUGUCUGGGACCGAGAUCCCGGUGGAGAGCUAUUUCCGAGUUCUCGACCUUGCCGGCAGUGGUCGCGGUAUCGACGACAUUGCCGCCGACAUCAUACGAGGUCUGAAUAUAGAGGAACGUGCUUCGCAUACCAACUACAAUGCACUGGUGCAACAAAUUCUCUUAAAUCAUGAGCUUGCUCACAGCAAACACUCACCAGUCUCCGCGGAUUCGUCCCGAACAUCUAUGGCCGUCUCACGCCCCAAGACCCGAAGCUCGACUAUGCUCAAACGGGUCACAACCCACGCAAGCACUUCGGACCCGGGACUACAAUCACCGACCUCCCCAGAGAAGGAGGAAACGCUGUUAGUGGCGGGCGCUCUCAAGUUGAUGACACAACGAGACGCUAUUGGCAAGUCCAUGCCCGAAAGCAUUGCAAAACGGCGCGCGACGGCCGCCAUCGAGCUGCAACUUCGUUCCUCGCUACAGAGGCAUCAGGCCAUUGACGAUGCUCAGAUGAAGCAGAUCCUGUGGAUUCGGGCGAAAGCAGCGAGUGGAUGUUCGAAAUGUAUACCCUGCCACUUUAGUGAGUACUUCCUUCGCGAUCUAUCUUCCGAACAUAUCAAUAGCGUCCUCGAUGGCGAAUUCGAUGCCACUGACCUACCUAGCCAUGGCAUUCAGCAAGUACCGUUGGGACGUAACAUGUAUAGGGAGGUUGCGGAUGGAGUCUAUCACAAAACGGUAAGUCUGCACCGCAAAAACGUCUCCUCGAGCAGAAUUCGAUUCUUCCUGCAGGAGAAGUGGAAUAUUCGUGUGACCGACAGUCACAUCUACGCGAUCGUUGAUCACUAUCAUGACAGCCUUCCCAGAAACGAGGUUGGCCAACCAGAUGUACCAACGCACUCCGACCCAGCGCCUCAUCCUGGCAAUCGCCUUACUGAGCUCCCAACUGAAGCAGUCACCCCGAGACUUGGACGACCGAGGACUUCAUUUUCUAGACCCCCACCUACUUACUCGCCGAGACCUACCUGGCGCGGAGUCGAGCUAAGGCAUCAGCGAGAGGUCGUUCCAUCUGAUGGGCACAUGCCUCCGUUCUAUCUUGCUUCCAGUGCCCCUCAGCCUCCAAGUUAUGAGUCGCCGCCGCCGAUGUAUUCAGAUGCAGUUCCGCAUCGCCCAAGCAAUCUUUCGACGGUCACCUCAUCUGAUGGGUACGGCGCAAUGAUCAUCGAUGAGCCAAUCUCACCUCUGGCGCUCGAGUCGUUUACCAGAAGCCAGGCGCCUUCUCCCCCUGCUCGGCGGGAGUCUCAGGUAUUGCCGUCGACCCUGACGCUGCCAACCACCGCCGAUGACUUUUCCGCAGCCAUCACCCUUUCGGACCUGAGCCAGGGUGAACGGAACGCUAUCGCCAGAGUAGCCGACGAAUUGACGUUCGCCAACUUUCGAUUGCACUUCGACCGUAGCACCGGCGACUAUAGACCCGCGCUGUACUCUUUUGCUGCCCACCACAGCACUGGCGCAGCUGCCGCCUCACUGGAUACGGAAUUCGACGUCAAGUUCAGCUCACAUACAGCUUGCUACCGCGUUAGCGGUGGCAUUGCUCGCGCCAUUCUCAACGAGUACCCUUGGCGAUUCCGAGCUUUGACAUCCGCCGAGGCUCAUGCAGCAGACGCUGAGAUCACGCGAUUUACGAAUGUGUUGCCCGCCACGCCUCUAGCAGACUUACGGUUGCCGACGCCUCAUCCGGCUUUGCUUGCCCUGAAAGAGCUCGAUCCUGUCCUUCGUGGGAUGACCAUCCAGACAAUUUCCACUAUGGCCGACGAGAUGAACUUACCCUCUUGCCAAUCCCCGACGAGUGAUGCGGCGCUCCAUCGUGAGCAAGAGGCUUCAUUUGUCUUCUCGGCUUUGCAAGCAAUGCUCUCGAAAGACCACGUCACAAGAGCAAUUCUCGGUGCGAAACUUACGACCGACAACGAUAACGACAGAUGUCUCACGCUGCGGGACGCGCUAUGUACGAUCGAACAUCGGCACAUCCUCGACGCUGUAGAUAGGCGGCUGGAAGAGUGGGCCACCAUGAUCCGGUGGGAACUUGCCGCCAUGCUGGGCAUUGACCUCGCGAACGUACUGCCACCCUACACUUUGGCGAACUUCUUCACCGAGCUGGCUGCCGGCACUUUCGUCCAAGACCAGGCUUUCACGGUGGACGAAGAUGAGCUUGAGGAGUUCCUAGCCAGCCUGCCAGAGGAGCUGGAGAUCUUCACAGAGGAGUCUUCGGUGCCGCCUUUCAUCUCGGCUGGCGCAGCCCCUGCACUAGACGAGCUACAGACGCGGUCGUGGAUUCCUAAUCGAACACGUCGUUAUCCGGAACGGCACGAUGUCACUAACGUUCUAUGUCACAACAUCGCCGUCGAGAUUCUCCAGACUCCACAGGAUGACCACGAAUUGGCCACAGCUAUUCGUGCAAUCGUCAAUAUGCCUGUCCGCCAGGAUAUUGCCGCUAAUGAGUGGACUUUGCAGAGACUCUUCAUUCAAAUGAGUCAUCAGAGGGAGGUCCUCGUCAGAGACCUGCCAAUGAUUAUCGAAGCUAGCCGCCAUCCAACCUCCGCACUCCGCGUCGACACCGACAUCCCAACACCUACCGCAGCCAACGACGAUUCCCACUCCGAAGCAUCGACGCCGACAUGGGCUCAUAUCGACCUUCCUUCGCCGUUACCCACGGAGUGCACCGCCGUUGAUGAUCCCGUCGAACAAGUCAAGGCCAUCACCAUUCAGUACCCCUUCAUGGGCCCUCAGGUACUGUCCCAUUUCCCUGCCGACACAGUCUGGACACCUGCCCUCCUCGACGCACUGCCUGCGCUCCUCUUGUUCGCCAACAACGACUUGAUCGCGCAACUCCGUACCGUCAUCGAGAUGCUAGAGGAGAAAAUCAUGGAACUCGGCAUUCUUUCGCGCCGCAGCGUACAAGACCGCGCCGUUUCGCCAGCGAGGCACAUGAGGCUCAAGCGCAAAAUCACGCGCGCUGUGGACAAACUCCGCAAGAUGGCGGUUGUGCUGCGCGAUGUCCUGAGCUUCGUCCUCGCUAGCAUGCGAGAGCGGUUUUUCGCGCGUCACGAGCAGCGGGGCUCUAACCCGGAAGCUACGAUUGCGCUGGUCGAGGAGAGCACUUCUGACGAUCAGCAGGCCUUCGCUGACGGGCACCUCUGGACGUUGCGACGGCAUGAGCGUGAAGGACUACAAAUGUUCAUUGAUGACGCGAUUUUGAUGCUGCGAAUCGUGGGCGUGGGAAGACGCAGCACGCUCGGGCCGCUCGGGCUCCUUCGCAGCGAUAGUGAGGAUCAGAUGACGCGCUGUCUGCUCUACGCGGCACACGCUCCUAGUAUUACGCGGGACAGUGACCAAAUGGCUUGGGCGUGGGAAGUAGUGAUGGUGGGCGCUGAGGCUGAUGAUCGGUGCCGUGUGGGUGAGCCGGCGCGGCGGGCUAGGCCGGUUUGGCUUCUGCAGCUGUGGGGAGUGCAGCGUGCGGUGGCGGGUCGGUACAAUAUGACUUGGACUGAUGACGGGGAUCGCUACGGACCUCUCGCUGAGCCGGAACGGCUGCUCGUUGAUGGCGAUAGCGACAGCGACAAUGGUUCAGCGAUUGACGACGACGACAGCGACGAUCUCGAGGAGGGGGAGAUACGAGAACUGGACUUGGAAUCAGACGACGCGAAUACGGGACCGCCAUGUCCUCUGUGCGGGGACAAUUGGUUGGGCUGUGAGCAUUUCGACGUGGACCGAGUCGGAGAUAUUCCAUACUUGUCGGAUGAUGAUGAGGAGGACGACGAGGAGGGCGUCAGGCUCGUUGCCCAUGAAGAUGAUAGUGAUCGCGGUCAAGGACUGCGUAUCCGUGGCGCCGCGUCUCGUGUGCACGCGAACCCGAGAGAUGCGCUGCAGUGGACCGACGAGGAUGAGGUUAUGAGGGACGUGCAUGCCCCUUGA